GUACAACCGACCUUAGUAUGUAAACACAACAAGGCGUCACUUCACCAUGAAUCACAUGGACGACCUUCCCCGUCCUUAUGGCCGGUGACACAAGUUGUUUGGUUUUAAGUUUGGUUCCAACGUCAACAUUUCAUCCGCUUCUUGGCUGACAUCGACGGCUGAGUCAUCCAAGAUUAGGAUAGAGGCGUGGGAGCCAUGAAGGUCCCGGGCCUACAGACCGCGUCCCUCGACUUCCUCGUUAACUGGUUGAGUCCGAUGCAGCCGGAGAACCCCAAGGACGUCGCGACCGUCUACCAGUACCUCCUCCCGGCCGCGCCUCUCCUGGCCGAUCUGGCCAUCUCGUGCGAGUAUUACAACCGCCCGUUCUUGACGCAGCUGUUCCUUCCCAUCUUAAUCGCCAAGGGACAACUUCACGUGAGGGCCGCCAACAUGAGACAAGUCGUGGAGUACUGGAAGAGCGUCAGACACGAGAACGCCGUGUCGUCCGUAUCUCACCUCAAGGUGGAGGACGAGGAGGGGAUGCAGUACUUCUCGUUCCUGCCGCUGCUCGGUAACCUGACCAACCUACAGGUGCUGGUCAUAGGGUCUCUGGUGGGGGACGACCUUCUGGCCGUCUUGGGCAUCAACUGCCGUCAUCUCGUGAUCUUUGACGCCAGGGAGGAUCCCGGAAACCUGGUCACGGACGUCGGACUCGCCUACCUGGCCAUGUGUAAAAAACUGAGACGCGUCUACUUCUCCGUGUUCGCCGACGAGUACGACUCCAGUCUAGAGCAGUUGGGAUUCACGGGGAAGGGCGUGGCGUUGUUGUUGUCGUUGGCGGAGAUCGAGCAGGUCCAGUGUUCGGAAUAUCUCCUCCGGGACGCUCUGCAUUUUCUCUAUCAGGCGAGUUAUCAGGGUUGCACUCUAGACGUACACUGUAUGCUUCUGGACCACCCGCAGGUGAGCGUCCGUACCCUACAGAUACUGCCCAUCCUCUGCCCCAAGCUCAACGUGGUGUCGCUGCGGUGUGACCCCGGCAACGAGAGAACCGUCGGUAAAUCUCUAAAAUUAUUACCUAACCUGAGGAUGUUGAUCGUCACCAUGGGAAGCGUCUGUAGAUUUCAAGACCUCAGUCUGACGACUUACGGCCCCCAGCUGACGUAUCUCUACAUCACCACCUGUCUUCUGGAGAGUCGAGACGUUAUACUCCUGAGUCGUGAGUGUUGUCGGCUCAAGACGCUGGUGUUGAAGAUGUACAGCUUCGGGUUUGACGUCCCUAAUACGAAGAGCAUCGAGCCUCUCUUUCCCACGGUCGAGAAAUUAGAAUUACUACAGAAUAUAUCGGUGAGAUUAUUUAAGGUUUUAAAUACGAAGAUGGAAAACCUAAAGGAAGUCCAUUGUUGUUGGGCCACGAUACACAACUUGGACGAAGCUCUGAGAGUGGUGGUGGAAGAUGGCGGCUGGAAAAACGUGGAGUUGUUGGUGCUGCCGACGUCCAAUACCGUAUCCCUGGAGGCGGCAAAGAUGGCCGCCUCGUCUAUACCCGAACUGAGGCGUUUGGCCGUCACCGUUCCAAUACCCGACGAGAAUAAACUACACGCCUACGUCGGUCAGUGUCUGCCCAAACUUACCCUCAUAGAGUAUUUCUCGCUCUUGUCGCCCAGCACGACCGGUAUAUUCUCGCAAGACAUCUGGAGUACGUCCUGUUCCAGUGCCUUGAGGAGAAAAAAAUGAACGUUGAUUGUAAUUGUACGUUAGAAUUGUGUUGGGAUUGUGUUAGGUUAGGUCAGGUGACAUGAUGUUAGAUUAGUGCUAGGUUAGGUCAGGUCAGUCUAGUUUAUGUUUGGUUAGAUUAGGUUAGUACACAGCAUGAUACAAUAUAUUUCUUCUUUAUCACAUAGGUACAGUCCGCUUCACUAGUACGUUUACAGGGGCUCAUCAUAUAGCCAAGGUACAGUCCCCUUCACUAGUGUGUUUACAGGGGCUGGUCAUAUCGACGUUGCCACAAAUCAUUACAUCGAGAUAAUUGUUUUAAAAUUGUUUUAGUCUGUUUUAAUAUUGUUUAAAUUUGAUUAUACACAUGUGUUCAGGUCAAUGAUUUCUUGUGGUAUAGAGUUUGCUAAGACAACAAUAAUAAUAAAGUAAUAAUAAUAAUAAUAUUUAAAGUUCAGAAAUCACAAUGUAGGUAUACAGUUCACCAUGUAUAUAGACAAUGUAGGUAUACAGGUUCC